GCUCCCAAGAAAGAGAAAGCCCAGAAGCUGUCUCUGGGUGAAUUCCUCGGCGAGACUGGUGGUGUUUCCUCGUGGGCUGAUGAAGUCGAGGACACAUAUGGCACCCAGUCCUUCCCCUCGACCGACCGUCGCACUGGCCCCAGCUCGUAUGGCAAUAACACUAGCUACGGCAAUGACCGGGGUUACCACUCGCUCCGCGACAACCUCCCCCAGGAGCUCCCCACCAAGCCUCCUUAUACCGCUCAUCUCGGCAACUUGUCGUAUGAUGCCACUGUCGAGAGUGUGACCGACUUCUUCCACGACUGCAACUGCGUCAACGUCCGCAUUAUCGAGGACCGCGAGCAGAACCGUCCCAAGGGCUUCGCCUAUGCCGAGUUUGCUGAUCUUGAGGGUCUCAAGACUGCUUUGACCCGCGACGGCCAGUCCUUCGAGGGUCGUAAUAUUCGUAUCAAGGUUGCUGAUCCUCCCCGUGGUGGAUUCGGCGACCGCACCGAGAGCUUCCGCGAGCUUGACUGGGGUGCCAAGAGAGGUCCCCUCGCUGACACUGGCGGCCGUAGCAACCGCGAUUUCGGCGACCGUAGACCUCCCCGUGAGUUCAACGACGAGAGGCCGGUUAGAGAGGCCAGAGAGAUCAACUGGGAGAGACGGGGCCCUCUUCCCCCUGCUGAGCGCCCAGAGUCUCGCGAGGGUGCUCGUGCCCGCAACACCACCGACUUCAGCGCCGCUAGAAGGGCUUCCCCCGCCGCUUGGGGUCCCGGAGAAGGACGCCAAGGUGGAGAUGGCUCUCGCCCUCCUCGCCGCGAGUUUGCCGAGCGCCCUGAGCGUCCCGAGCGUGUUCCUACCGCCGCUGAGAAAGAGAUCAACUGGCGCAACAACAUGCGUCCCGUCGAGCCAAAGUCUCGUGAGGGUAGCGAGGCUCCUGGUUCUCCCGCUGCCGCCCCCGCUGCGCAGCCAGCUGGUAGACCCAGACUGAACCUCACCAAGCGCACCGUUUCCGAGGCCCCCGAUGUGAUCUCGCCUGCCCCUACUUCCAAGUCGAACCCAUUCGGUGCGGCCCGCCCCAUCGACACUGCUGCCCGCGAGCGUGAGGUCGAGGAGAAGCGCAUCCGGGACAAGCAGGAGGCUGAGGAGAGGGCCAAGGCUGAGAAGGAGGCCAAGGAGGCCGCUGCCGCCGAGGCUGCUGAGAAGGCCAAGGCCGAAGAGGCUGCUGCUGCGGAAGCUGCUGCGGAAGCUGCUGAGAAGGCCAAGGCUGAUGCCGAGGCCGCCGCUGCUGCUGGUACCAAGCCAGAAGUCCAGGAGGGUGAGGGUGAGCAGAAGCUUCCCGUCAGAACUCGCGAGCCUCGUGAGCCUGCUCCCAAGUCCCGCGCCGCCGAGAGUGGCAGCUGGAGAAGAGCCGGUGAUGCCCCAGCCCGUGGCCCCCCCAGCGGUCCCCGUCGCAGUGGCGGUGCCCCCCGCGCACCCCGCCAGGAUGGUGGACGCCCUCCUCGGUCCAACGGAACCACCGAUGCUCGCGGCCCAUUGUCUCCCACCACCGAGAAGGCUCCCGCCAGCCCUGCUGUCGAUGAUGACGGCUGGACCACUGUUACCCAGCCGGUUAAGGGUCGCCGCGGCGGCAACCGGCCCCUUGCUUGA